AUGGCUGCCUUCGGGCUUCGGGAUGCCUGCCCCAAAGCGGGAGAAGAACAGGCAAAUGGAGUCGAAUUGAUGGCGGUUUAUACAGUGUUGAUAUGGGCGAGCAACAGGCAAAUGACCGUGGCAGCUGCGGAAUCAAAUUAUACAUUUAUCUAUCUAUCUAUCUAUCUAUCUAUCUAUCUAUCUAUCAUUUCCCAAACUUUUUAUUAUCUCUCUAUCACAAUCUAUCUAUCUAUCUAUCUAUCUAUCUAUCUAUCUAUCUAUCUAUCCUAUAUCCGUUACCUAUCUAUCUUAUACCCAUUAUCAAUCUAUCACAGUCAUUCUAUCUAUCUAUCUAUCUAUCUAUCUAUCUAUCUAUCUAUUAUUAUUUCCCAGACUUUUUAUUAUCUAUCUAUCUAUCUAUCUAUCUAUCUAUCUAUCUAUCAUUUCCCAGACUUUUUAUUAUCUAUCUAUCUAUCUAUCUAUCUAUCUAUCUAUCUAUCCUAUAUCCGUUACCUAUCUAUCUUAUAUCCAUUAUCAAUCUAUCAUAGUCUUUGUAUUAUCUAUCUAUCUAUCUAUCUAUCUAUCUAUCUAUCUAUCUAUCUAUCUAUCACAUUUUUUUCAUUAUCUAUCUAUCUAUCUAUCUAUCUAUCUAUCUAUCUAUCUGCUGAUUUUAGCAACAUUUACAAUUGUCUCAGUACAACAUCUGAGACACGCGCAUCUCGAAAUCAUAUUUCCAGCCGGAAAUCAACAAGUGUGUGUCCGUUUCUGACAGGGACAAAAGACAGCCCCCACCUUGACUUUGCUUUCUUUACCCCCAGGUCGGGCGCCACACUUGCAUCUCUUCUUUCCUUCCUAUUUAGCUUUUCGGAGAUUCAUUUGGCGCCAGUAGUCUUUCCCAUCGCUGCCGUUACUGGGAGAUAA